UGAGCGUGGUUUUUUAUUUUCUUAUUUGUUUCAAUAAACACAAAUAUUUUCCCCACAGUGAUUGUUUAGAAAGACGCUUUUCACACAAUUGCAUAACUUUUGAGUGAAAGUGAAAAAUGGAGACGAGUGCCGAGUCUGGUAGCAUGUCGCCGGCGCGCGUGAAGCUGGAGCCCGAGACGGACCAGUCAGAAAUGGCCCUUGUGAAGGAAGAAGCUGUAUUCCUGGAUGAAGAGGAGCGUGUGAAGGAGGAGUGGUCGGACAGCACGGCCGGGUGCGGCGUGAGUGAGGUAGCCAGCAUGCUAGCCGACUUGUAUGCCAAUCACGAGGUGAAGGAUGAGCUCGUGCUGGGGCCGGAGCGCCCGCACCGCCCCGUAGUCGCCCCGGCCGCCCUAUCUUAUCGUGUCGCAGCGUCCGCUCUCGUCUCCCCGGCUGCGGGGUCGGGUGUGCGCCGCUCGUGCUCGGUCAGGCUGGAGCGCCUGCUGGUGGACGCGGCGCGGCGCACCUGCCGGGUCGCGCGCCGCACGUACAAGCUGCGCGCCGCCGAGCCCGCACACACACCCAGUGCCAUCACCACCGUCUAUGAGUGUCACCAUUGCGGCCAACUGUUCAGGAACAAGUCGGUUUUAAAGAAACACGUAUAUACUCACUCACAUUUACAUAAUUCAACUGCACGAGCUUAUGGUUUAAACCGACAUCGAACGUUACACGACGACAAAAAACUGUCUCGACAGUCUUGCAUGAUAACACACACAGAUUUACAGGCUAAUCUCAGAAGUCGCACAGAUAAUAAACCUUUCUGGUGUAGUCGCUGUGACUAUAAGAGUAACAUUAAAUCAAAUUUUCAGAGGCACCUGAUGACUCACACUGACGAGAAGCCUUUCAGUUGUAGCCACUGUGACUACAAGUGUAGACAAAAAGUACAUUUACAGACUCACCUGACGACUCACACUGACGAGAAGCUAUUUAGUUGUGGCCAAUGUGACGUCAAGUGUAGAAUAAAAGCACGUUUACAGAGGCACCUGUUGACUCACGGAGAAGAGAAGCCUUCAAGUUGUAGCCAUUGUGACUACAAGUGUAGACUAAAAGCUGAUUUAAAGGCUCACCUGAUGACUCACAUUAACGAAAAGCGUUUCAGUUGUAGCCACUGUGACUACAAGUGUAAUAAGAAAGUAAAUUUACAGAGACACUUGUUGACCCACGGAGAAGAGAAGCCUUUUAGCUGUAGCCACUGUGACUACAAGUGUAAAAACAAGGCAAAUUUACAGAGACACCUGUUGACCCACGGAGAAGAGAAGCCUUUUCGCUGUAGCCACUGUGACUACAAGUGUAGACAAAAAGCAAAUUUACAGACUCACAUGACGACUCACACAGACGAGAAGCCUUUUAGCUGUAGCCAAUGUGACUUCAAGUGUAGAAUAAAAGUAAGUUUACAGAGGCACCUGUUGACUCACGGAGAAGAGAAGCCUUUCAGUUGUAGCCACUGUGACUACAAGUGUAGACUAAAAGCAACUUUACAGACUCACAUGACGACUCACACAGACGAGAAGCCUUUUAGCUGUAGCCAAUGUGACUUCAAGUGUAGACAAAAAGUAAAUUUACAGACUCACAUGACAACUCACACAAACGAGAAGCCUUUUAGCUGUAGCCAAUGUGACUUCAAGUGUAGAAUAAAAGCAAGUUUACAGAGGCACCUGUUGACUCACGGAGAAGAGAAGCCUUUCAGUUGUAGCCACUGUGACUACAAGUGUAGACUAAAAGCAAAUUUACAGACUCACAUGACGACUCACACAGACGAGAAGCCUUUUAGCUGUAGCCAAUGUGACUACAAGUGUAGACAAAAAGUAAGUUUACAGACUCACAUGACAACUCACACAGACGAGAAGCCUUUUAGCUGUAGCCAAUGUGACUUCAAGUGUAAAAUAAAAGCAAGGUUACAGAGGCACCUGUUGACUCACGGAGAAGAGAAGCCUUUCAGUUGUAGCCACUGUGACUACAAGUGUAGACAAAAAGUAAAUUUACAGACUCACCUGUUGACUCACACUGACGAAAAGCGUUUCAUUUGUAGCCACUGUGACUUUAAGUGUAAAAUCAAAGCCAAUUUAAAUUCUCAUCUGAUGAUUCACACUAACAAGAAGCCUUUUAGUUGUAGCCAAUGUGACUACAAGUGUAAAAGAAAAUCAGGUUUGCGGAGCCACCUGUUGACUCACGGAGAAAAGAAGCCUUUAAGUUGUAGCCACACUGUGACUUUAAGUGUAAAAGCAAAGCUCAUUUAAAGUCUCAUUUAAUGACUCACACUGACGAGGAGCCUUUCAGGUGUAGCCAACUAGCCACUGCGGCUACAAGUGUAAAAGAAAAGACCAGUUAAUGGCUCACCUGUUGAGACACCCUACAUGUUUGUCUACUAUGUGUAGUGUAGCUUCCAGUGCAGAAGGAAAUUAGAGUUACGGCCACACUUUGUGAAAAUCUCUUCAAUUUUUAAUGUAUAUCAGUACCGUAAUCAGUGCACCUACAGUGAACUCUUUUAAAACAGACUCGACAAAUAUUUAUUGAAUGGACAAAACACAUGUGCAUCAGGACAUUGACUUGCACGUAUCAGCUUAAAGCUGCCUGUGCAUUAGCAAAUAAUAAGAAAUAAAUAUAAUAUGUAAAUUGUAUUCAUCACACAUCACAUACAUUUUCCAUUUAGCAAGAACGUGUUUUCAAAUCAUUCUUAAUAGUUCACCUUAAUGAAAUAAAUAUUAGUAAGUACUGUGGUCGUAGGCAGUAGAGUUGUGCCUGCUCGUUCACUGAAAAGAUCGCUCCCAACUAGUACGAUCUCCGAAAUGUACUAGUUCGUUCUUUUAGGACAUUUAGGACACACCGAGAGAG